CAUUCAAUUUUGUUUUCGCACAACAAGUACCAACAAAUCUUUCCACUUCAUGUGUAGGAGAACUUACUAAACUUUCUGUAAGUUCAGACCUCAACAGUUGUGCUUCAUUUAUCAAGUUAGCACAAUUGCUAAAUACAACUAACGCAACACCGGUCUUAGAUAGUUAUUGUUCCGCUCCGAAAUGCAGUGACAAUACCACUUCUGCUGAUGCUACUGAACUUAAAAGUCAGUGCGCAACAGAUCUUACCGCAAAUGAUCCUACCGUUUAUACAGUAAAACAAACUCUUGUUUUCAAUUCUCCGCUAAAGGAUUCCCUGUGUUUCAAGAACUCUUCUGGAAGAUAUUGUGACUUGGAUUCAAAUAGUGCUUCGAUAUUAACUUACAUGAGUGGAUUGAGUACUAUUACUCCCACUAAUAUUAGUUGUACCGAUUGUAAUAAAGCUAUUUUAAACACUUUUGUGAAUUACUUUAAAGCUCAUCCCGAAUCCUUGGCUGAAUUACCAACUAAUACGACACAAUUUCAAAAUACUGUUACAACAAAAUGCGGUGCUUCUUUCUUAGCAUUCAGUUUUGUUUCUGCGCAACUACCGCAACUACCAACGAAUCUCUCCGCUGCAUGUACUACAGAAAUUGCUAAACUUGCUUCAACACCAGAAUUCAGCACUUGUGCUUCGCCCUACAGGUUAUUACAACUGCUAAGUAUCGGUGCAAAUGAUACAAAAUCAGUCUUAGAUAGUUAUUGUUCCGCACCGAAAUGCAGUGAUAACACUACUUCUAAUGCUGCCACUGAACUUAAAAAUCAAUGUGCAACAGAGCUUACAGCGAAAAAUCCUCAAAUCACUAUCUUAAAAGAAACUUUGGUUUUAAAUUCCCCGACAAGGGAUUCUUUGUGUUUCAAGAACUCUUCAGGAGGAUAUUGUGGCUUGGAACAAAAUACUAAAACGAUAUUAGGUUACAGUAGUGGAUUGGGUGCUACUGCUCUCACUGAUUUUAAUUGUACCGACUGUAAUAAAGCCAUUUUAAACACCUUUAUGAACUAUUUUAAAGGUCAUCCUGAUACCAAGGCUGACUUAUCAGUUGACAUGACGUCUCUUCAAAAUUCUGUUACAACAAAGUGUGGUGCUUCUUACUUAGGUAAUUUAUAUAUAUUAUUUUAA